GUUUUGGAGCUGAAAAGCAAAUUCCCAAUUCACUUCAAUGAUGAAUCUAAACCCCUAAAAUUAAUUUUACCCUGGGAAAUUAACCAAUCAAACACGACCCCACAAAUUCUUUAUCAAUCUCCCCCCAAAAAAACUUCAAAUUUUCAAGAUUUGGAUAACAAAUCCAAAUCCAAAUUCAUCUCCCUCUUUUCCUUGCUGUUUUCGAAAUCUUAAGUGAGAGAGAGAGAGAGAUAUAGAGAGAGAGACAUGGAGGAAGAGAGAGAAGCAACAAGAUAUUGGUGCCAUGAAUGUUCAAGAGUUGUUAAUCCUGUCAUGGAUGUCGAACCGAUCAAAUGUUCGUUAUGUCAAGGCGGAUUUGUGGAGGAAAUGGACAGCCUAACGGCAGAUCACCGCCACGCAGGCGGUGGUGGUUCGGACUCCGAAUAUGGUAUCUCAUUGUGGGCUCCUAUCUUGCUUGGUAUGAUGAACACCCCUCACCACCACCAGAGAGUUAGACAGCAGGGGUUUAAUGAGGAAAAUGAGCAAGAAAACCGCAGUGGGCCCCACAACCGCGGUGAAGGAGGAGAGUCGGAGUUGGACCCCGAACUCGAAUAUUUAAGGUGGAGGAGAAGCUCCCUUGCCAUUCUUCGCCUUCUUCAGGGUAUUCAGGCCGGAAUGGUAUCCGAAUCGGAGAAUAACGAGGAUGGAGGAGACAUCGGACAUGAACGGGAACGGGAACGUGUUAUUCUUAUCAAUCGGUUGAACGGAACUAUCAUCGUUCGCAGUGGCAAUGGUGGUGGUAAUCCAGCUGAUCCGAGUAAUAUGUCCCAAAACCAUGUGUUUGGAUCGUUUGGCGAUUAUUUCGUGGGGCCCGGUUUAGAACAACUCCUUCAGCAUUUAGCCGAAAAUGACCCGAACCGAUAUGGGACACCACCCGCCCAAAAGGAGGCGGUCGAGGCAAUGCCGACGGUCACAAUUGAAGAAAACUCGAUUCCAUGUUCGGUUUGUUUGGAAGAAUUUGAAGCUGGAACCGAAGCUCGAGAGAUGCCUUGUAAACACCGGUUUCAUGGCGAAUGUAUCUUGCCGUGGUUGGAGCUUCACAGUUCUUGUCCCGUUUGCCGGUAUCAGUUGCCGGCUGAUGAAUCGAAGAUCAACCGAGAACAAGACGGGUCUAGGGGCAAUUCUAGAAAUCCAAACCGGGUUGUAGACGAAUCAAGAAACGCAAUGAAUGAUGAAGAUACACAAUUAUCAACAUCUUUUCCUUGGCCUUUUAGUAGUUUGUUAUCAUCGACAUCGGGUUAUGAUAAUUCCAACUCAAGUUUGGUGACGAGAUCAGCUUCUGGAGGCUCAGGGUCAUCAACCCGGGCCCACGAAGCUGAUCAUCAAGAAGACAGUCAUUGAAAUCUCUUCUAAGUUGGAGAUAUCAAGUCAACAUGAGUGGUUUUGACUUGAUAUCUAAACAACGAGUGGCAUAUCGGGCUUCUCUCUGUAUCUCCGUCUCUAAUCGUCCUAUCUCUCAUUGUGCGACCGUAUAUGCAUCUCAUUGUUGGUAGUUAUCGGUAUUGUGUAUAUGUUGAUUUUAUGUUAAGAUAUAUUUUAAACCUUAAUUUAUUAAACUUCACUUAAAGUGAUUGAUCACGUC